AUGCACGAUGUUGCUGUUCGCAAGUUGGAAUUACAGCCUAAAGUCGGCCAUUCUACGUUCAAGCUUCCUGCAAAAGUCACAGUGCAUGAUACUAAACGUGAUGCCUGGAUUGCGGACCUUGCUGAUCCUCAAGUGCCGCUCAGCAAACUUGCCAACAGCCCCGUGCCCCACCCUUUCAAAGGCCACGACCUUCUCGACAUGCUGCACAAUAAGCACAUUCCCAUUGAUAGAGCGGUAUGGUACACGAGGGUACUUGGAGCAAAUGAGACACACUUAAUGCGCUCACGCCCGAACUUCAACCCAACUCAGUACAGUAUUGACUGGGCGAAUAUAGUUACAAGCCAUUUGAGGAAACUUAUCGGAGAGAUACACCUUCCAUCAGCGUAUCGUCCAGGCAUCACCAUACGUCAGAGCUUUCAAGGGGUUUUGACGGAUCCAGAGUCACGCGCUCGAUGGAUCUCUCGUUUCUCCUAUGCGCUCUCGCUAUUACGAGAAUACGUUGCGGAGGGACUUGUCGACCAUGAAGUGGUUCUCAAAUGGCUAUGUCAGCUUCCCGGUGGAGUGAACUUGGCUCAACUUGGCUUUGCUACUGUGAUUGUUCAGGAAUACCUUGAGAUGUUGGCGGAAAAUCGCGCCUUUCUCGCUCCUCUCCUUGAAGGCUGCCUGGCAAAGCUUUCUGAAAUUGAGUCUAGUCCAUUCAAGGACAACCUUGCGGGUAAUAAAGGGGUUCUGGAGGCUAUCAUUCAAAAGAGUUCAGGUUGCGACCGGAAUGCUUCGUACAUCCAAAAAUGUGCAAUGUUUUAUGACAAAUCGUUCGAGUCUAUUUCUUCACGAAACGAUGCUAUUACCUUUAGAUCUCUUCCUCCUCGGGCGGCUGCCUCUCUUAGAUCCACCAUCGUUGAUAUUCAAAUACUCAACUCUAUCGGCCCAACUACCAACCUUCACGAAGUCCGUUUUCUGAGUACAGAACAAGAAAACGAGACUUGGUCGCAAACAUUUACCCGGAAACUUAACAUUCUCCUUACUUGGAGUGUCACGGCCCGAUCAGGGGAGCAGCCGAUAUACGUUGCAGUAUGUAUCAUUGCAGAUUGGCUAGCACAAACUGGACCCAAGAGAACACCGAAUCCGAAAAGAUUCGUACAUGAUUCCCUGUUGUCGUGGCUGGACACGUCGGAAAUAGCCAGAGAUCAUGCCAAUUACCUAGCCAACACUUCGUUCUUAUACGGGGAGCUUGUCCGAAGGGACCUUGUCUCGUUUACGAAGCUCGUGCAGAGGAUUAUCGCCAGGGGUGAUAACUUACAUAGGGCAGAUGGACCAUCUCAUCUUGCAGUAAUGCUGCGGGCUAUCCCAUUAACGUCAUCCCGAGGCACAUACAACGCCCGUUCGGCAGCUCUCUAUGGUGUCACUGAUCAUGAAGAGGACGAUGAAAAUAUAUUGAAGCUUCAGCAGGAAUGGGUCCGUGUAUUGCCAGAGUUUAACCCAGGUGCUCAUGCUCGAAUCCAGCUGCGUCAGGAUAAACCGGGCGUUGCUUCCCCUCCGACGGAUGUUAGCAUCUUCGAUCAGUGGAGAUUGGUUCAUACGUGGCUUCUCCCUCCAAUAUUUGAACACGUCCAAAAGUCAAGAUCCUUUUCAAGUCGAAACAUUUUGUCGCUCAGCAUCAUUCUGAGUCAAACGCGGUGUCUCCCCGCUCUUUCCGAGCUGGGGAUUCUGCUUUUGAGGAAGAACGUAUCGGACCUUUUAGUUCGUUCAAUCUUGGACGCGUUCCGUGUGCAUCAUGAAACAUGGUGCUUCACCGACGCGAAACAGACCCAGUGGCAAGCACUACUUAAUUGUGCCUCGUCGGCGAAAGAAAUGGGGAAUUAUCUCUCCGCGGCGUCAAUUUCCGCAUUCCUCAAAGAUACGAACAGGGGCAUAACUGCUGUAGCUUCUGAAUAUGAUUCCGCACCACUUCAAAGGCCUUCAAGUUUGGAUCCUAACGAAAGGCUUGAGCCUCUUUUGAAUGAGCUAAAUAUGGACAAUGUUGUCACUGCAGCCUUCGACCUGUGCGCAAAGUUCAGUGCUUAUCCCGGGUGGUGUCACGACCUCUGGGAAGCCGUUCUAUCGCAAAUACAGCGCAUACCAGAGUCAGAACCGGGCACGCAGAGCGUUCAAGUCGAUGUAUUGGCUCGGUUCAUUUGCAACGUCGCCAAUCGCUUGACAGAGUCCACCGAUCUUUCCAUGGAAGAACAGUUUUCAAAAUGGCUUGAUCUUGGAGGGAGAAAUAAGAUCAUUCAAUCACCAUGGUCGACUUCGUCAGCACAGUCAUGGAGCCAGCUCCUCAUUCAACUUGUUAUCUCUAACGUCCUUUCUACGGACCGCGUUGUUAUACAUCUCUGCGGUGAAACGUGGAAGUCCAUUCCAACGACGGCUAAAGAGUCCCCGCAAUUAUUUCCGGUCUCUCGCUUCACGCCGUCUCGUGACGAUCCAAAAGUUUUUCGCGAUUAUUUCUCUGGUGGCUCACCUUUACCAACGGAGGAUUCGUCUUUGGUACAAGCUCUCCAACUUCUCAUGGUCUCGUCCCGUCCUAGAAGCAAAGCAGGUUCAGAGCGUGUAAACCCCGCCAAUUACAUGUUUUCGGCGAUCAUGAGUCAUAUCACCCCGUGGAACUUCUCCCAUGCGAAGGUGGAGCUUCAGCUUACCCUGAAGCAAAUAUCGGUCUCGCUCUCUCACGAUGAGACGAGACCCAAUGCGGAAGCUGAGUUGGAGGCUUUCACGACCAGUUUUCUUGAACGACAACUGGACGUCCAAGAAACGGACUUGGUGGCCGACAUCCUCCGCGGGAUCAAUGGGAAAGUCGCGGAGCAGUUCCUGAAAGGAGGGUUGAAGCGAUUAACCCAACUCCUAAACGAUUUCGUAUCACCCUCAUCUGUUUCUAUUAGCAGUCAAGCAGGGGAGGUCCUGCGACUGCUUGCCAAUGUGCUCAGGCCACUACACUACAGCCCUGGCUCCGUGCCGACACUCGACCCAUCUGUGCUUGACACAUUCAGUGAUGUACUGCACAGAUGUUUUGAGAAAGCGCUAAAGUUGAUUCGACCGCAAAGGUCGCCUCAAGAGGGAGGAAGAUCAUUACUAGUCCCGACGAAUGAUCUGUUACAGCUCGUCCUGCUGCUCGUACGGAUGCUCCAAUUCGAGAUUGUGUUCAGGAGCGUAAAAACGCCGAUCGCCAGAGAAAUGGCGGAUAAGCGCUUUGCAAUGCUCAUCAAUACCGUUCAAGCGUUCCACGAAACAAUGAGACUUACCCCUUCUUCUUCAAUCCUUUUCCUCGCUAUCCUCGACACAGCUUCCCAACUGAAUCCCACCACGAAGGGCUCCAGACCUGGCGCUGGGGAACAAGACUUAUGUCUUGAGAUUUCCGAUUUUUCACCAUUGACCCCACCAUCUCUCCGUUCCUACAUCACUUUCAUCUCGCCAUACAGGCCUACAGAUUGGUAUACAGCUAACCUUUUCCACGCUCGGGCCGCGUUCAGUUCGAAUCCUACUCGGCUCAUCUUAGGUGAUCCCGUCCAGGCUCGACCAUGGGAAUGGGUGGAAUUCACUGGAGCACCGCCAACUGCUAAAACAUCAAGCAGGAGAAUUAAUGAGGAUGCUGAUGGUCACAGGGAGAAGAUACAGGAUAGUGAUAGCAAAGAAGACGAGAACAUGCACGACCUGAUGGAACGGAGGCGAAGCGAGGAUCACUUCUACUCGGAGAGCGUCUAUGAACGGGAUUGGAAGGAGGGACGAGUCACUAGGGAUCUGCUCAAAUCAGCAUUAACUACUGACAAGCGCGAUGGUCAGAAGGGUGACAGCGAAGAUCAAGGAGAAGACGCAGGGGGGAAACCAAUGCCUGGACUAUUGGUUCCGAAUUCGAUCGGCCUCUCAAGCGCAAGGCUGAAGAUGAUCCCGCAGCUUCUUGUUCGUCUCCGGUCUCUAGCCGCUGGAAGAAUGAUAGUCGAGGUAGUUGUGCCGACCAGCAGACUUGCUCAGAACCAGGGCCAGGCUUCCCAGCAGCAGCCAGAUCGAUCCGGACUGAAGCGGAAAUCCAUGCUGGAAGCGCCUCCGAGCGACCCUCUCAUGCUAAAGAAGGGUCGAUUGCGGUAG